AUGAAGCCCAACGAGGCUAUUGCCUUGAUACUCGUCUUGCUUCUCGUUGUAAUCGGACUCUCCUGGUUUGUCUUUCGCAUUAGAAUUGUACCGCCGAUUACACCCCCAGCAAACACAUCCCGUGACGAGAGAGCCACAAACCCGGAGCCUCCAUUGCGCGCACCUCCCCCUCUGCCAGCUACUUCACCUGUCAACCCUCGGGCUGGAGCCGAGAGGACUGUGCCCGUCGAGCCGCCGGAAAGUACAGGAGAGGGGGCGCGUGUCUAUAUCGGAAGAAGGAAUGGAGAUGAAGACGGGAGAGCAACGGCCGAGGAAGCAGGACAAGACGAAGCCCGCGGACGGAUCUAUUAUUCCAGAGACACACUCAAUAUCGGCCCUCCUGCCCUUCCUGCCGCCCCCCCGUCCCCAUCACACAUCCCCAUAGGCCUGCCGACUACCAAGGUGCGCAGACUGCUCAUUCUCCUCCGUCCUCAGAAUCCAGGCCGCAGAACCACGCAGUCCACCAUGGCGACAGAAGGCCGCCCGUCCAUUGUCGGCCCAGACAGCGGCCCCGAGCCGCCGUAUCCCUACAGAAUGGAGGGCAAAGUAAUUUCAGGCUUCGGACGAGGCUCCAAAGAGCUCGGCAUUCCCACCGCCAACCUCCCCGUGGAUUCCGCCCUCACCCCCUGGAUAUCCUCCACCCCGUCAGGCGUCUACUUUGGCUACGCGUCGCUCAACCUUCCUGCGGCGCACCCGCAAAAGCCAGCAUCCUCGCCCGAGGCCUCCUUCUCAGUCUACCCGAUGGUCAUGUCCAUCGGCUACAACCCGUUUUACAAGAACACGGUGCGCAGCGCCGAGGUCCACGUGCUGCACGAGUUCAGCGCCGACUUUUACGACGCGCACAUGAGACUGCUGAUCCUGGGCUUCAUUCGCGAGGAAAGGGACUACAAGAGUCUGGAGGCGCUGAUUGAGGAUAUCAGUUUUGACUGUGAGGUUGCAAAGAGUAGCCUAGCCAGGGAAGGGUGGAAGCCAGAGAGCCUGAGGGACGGUGCUGAGUGGUUGCUGAAGGAGCUCUAG